AAUAGUGAUGCUGUGGCUGUGGGAACUAGCAUAGCUUAGUGGUUGCUGGAGUUCUAAGGCUUCACUGGCUUUAAGCUGUUCCAUCUUUCUGGAAACAGCAGCUGCUUGCAUUUGCAGUUUCAUGGAUGUCAACCAAGCAAGAUAAACGAGCAGGAAGAUGAAGACUGUUUUGCCUGCCUUAUCAUUAAAUGGCAAAAGAGAUGAGACUUUGAAAACACGUUAUACUUGACAAUAUCGUGCGACCACGGUGAAAAACGUUGUUUAAAAAAAACCUUUGGUAUGAAACGCAGCUGAUAAUAGGCUAUGCUGCAGUUCAUCUCUGCACUCAUAAUCGUUUCGUCGGAAAUGGGAGCACUGUUCAAAUAUUCGCAGGUGGUAUUUAAAUUUUAUCCUAUCGUCUCCUCGUUUACCUGUGCUUGCACCUAUACUCUCAAAUUCGAAAUCUAAUGAAUCCCUUUGGAUACCCAGCAUGUCUUCAAGGAAGAUUUCAUCGGAAUCAUUUAGCUCAAUGGGAUCUGACUAUCUCGAGAGCCCCGACGACGGAGAGUGUCCCUUCUCGCGGGUAUUCUGGAAUGGGAAGAGCCCGGUGGAGUCCCUCUCUUGUCCAUUUGAAGACGUUGGGAUAAAGCGAACGACGAGGCGAAGGCGCGUUAACCUGGACUCGCUCGGGGAGAGCUUGAGGAGGCUCACAUCUCCGACGACUCAGACCAUACAGCUUGCUCUGCAGAGAACCGUGGAGGUAUACAAACAGAGGGAGCUCAGAGACGUGUUCUCCAGAUGUAAUGAAGAUGGGAAAGGUGAGACAGGACUGUCUGAAAGAUGUCCCUACUUGGAUUAUACAGGCUCUGAAGAGGAAGCCGAUAUCUCAGGAAUUCUACAGUACUCUGCCACGCUACUUGGGGUGCAGUUCGAGGAGCUCCGCGAGAGCUUCGGCGAGGAGCUCUUCGGCCUGUGCUUCGAGGAGAACGAGAGGGUCCUGCGGGCGGUGGGCAGCACCCUGCAGGACUUCUUCAACGGCUUCGACGCGCUGCUGGAGCACCUGCGCGCCUCCUGCGGGCGCCGCGUCUCCGCCGAGUCGCCCUCCUUCCUAUGCAAAGACGCCCCCGAGGAGGGCGGCCUGCUCCUGCACUACUUCCACCCCAUGCCCGCGGUCGGCCUGGCCAUGCCCGGCCUCAUCCGCGCCGCCGCCCGCCGGAUCUACCACACCGAGGUGGAGGUGGAGGAGGCCAAGCCCGCCGCGGGGGACGCCGCGCGCACCGGGAACUCCUCUUCCUGCUCCUCCUCCUCCUCUGGCUCCUCCUCCUCCUGCCUCUCCUUUCUCAUCAAGGUGUCCCGCCCCUCCGGCAGCCCCAAGCCCCUCCCCCUCAAGCUCUCCUGCUCGCCGCCGGACCUGCGGAUCGGGCUGAGCACGUUCUGCCGGGCCUUCCCCUUCCACCUGGUCCUGGACCCCGGCAUGGCCAUCCUGCAGCUGGGCGAGGGGCUUCGCAAACAGACCAAGUGCGAGCCGCACCGGACCCUUAACUUCCGCGACUGCUUCGAAAUCGUCUCCCCCCGCAUCGCCUGCUCCUUCCAGGCCAUCCUGCUUAGACUCUCCACCCCCUUCACAAUACGAACCAGGCCAGACAACACAGGGCUGGACACCAAGGAAAAAGUAAUGGAGAUUAAGGGCCAGAUGAUCCACGUCCCAGAGUCGAACUCCAUCAUGUUCCUGGGCUCCCCGCGCGUGGACAAGCUGGAGGAGCUGAUGGGGCGGGGCCUCCACCUGUCGGACAUCCCCAUCCAUGACGCCACGCGCGACGUGAUCCUGGUGGGCGAGCAGGCCAAGGCGCAGGACGGGCUGAAGAAGCGCAUGGACAAGCUGAAGGCCACGCUGGAGCGCACGCACCAGGCCCUGGAGGAGGAGAAGAAGCGCACGGUGGACCUGCUCUACUCCAUCUUCCCCGGCGACGUGGCGCAGCAGCUGUGGCAGGGCGAGGUGGUGCAGGCGCGCAAGUUCGAGGACGUCACCAUGCUCUUCUCCGACAUCGUGGGCUUCACGGCCGUCUGCGCGCAGUGCACGCCCAUGCAGGUCAUCAGCAUGCUCAACGAGCUGUACACGCGCUUCGACUACCAGUGCGGCAUCCUCGACGUCUACAAGAUUGAAACGAUAGGCGACGCCUACUGUGUCGCGUGCGGUUUGCACAGGAAGAGUGACAGCCACGCCAAACCAAUCGCACUCAUGGCCCUGAAGAUGAUGCAGCUCUCGGAGGAGGUGCUUACACCUGAUGGGAAACCAAUCAAGCUUCGGAUUGGGAUCCACUCUGGAUCGGUCUUGGCCGGGGUCGUGGGGGUCAAGAUGCCACGGUACUGCCUCUUUGGGAACAACGUGACCCUGGCCAGCAAGUUUGAGUCUGGGAGCCACCCCCGCCGCAUCAACGUCAGUCCCACCACGCACCAGUUACUGCAGGAUGACCGGGCCUUCAGUUUCAUCCCCCGAUCUCGCCAGGAGCUGCCUGACAACUUUCCCAAGGAGAUCCCAGGAAUCUGCUAUUUCCUGGAGGCGGGAAAAUCCCAAAGCCAUUCCUCCCUGGCCAGCUCCCGGUCCAGCUCCACCGCUCCCAUCCGCAAGGUCUCCUACAGCAUCGGCACCAUGUUCCUCCGGGAGACCAGCUUAUGAGGAGCCCUGCUUCAGACAGGCUUCAGAGAGGCUCGCCCUGCUGGCAGCGUAACGGACAGCAUUGCAGACAGCGCCGUCGACCGCGAUGACGGGGGCUGUCGAGCCUCUCCCUGCCUCAGCGAGCCGGUGCUGUCAGAGACGCACAGCUGCCGGCAGGUAGUUUGAGCAGUGGGCAAGGGAGAAAGAGCGAACAUGGAGAGGUCACUGGAGAGAGCAACAAUAACAAAAACGAAGCCUUCUGCCCUACAACAUGUCAGACUGUGUCCAAGUACUCCGCAGCGCAGGUGUAAAAUUCUCAGCAUCGCAGGUGUAAAAUAUUAUUUGCAUAAUUUUGUGCCUUCUAACCCUCUACAGCAGGAGUGGCCAGGGGGAUUUUUCAAGCACACCCCCUUGCCUCCAGUCCUGCUUUCAGCAGUCAGGCUGCUUCUCUGUCCAGCUGUCUGUCUGUUUAUUGCCUGCCUCCUUUUAGUGACUGGCUCUUCAUCUAUUGUUUUGGGGGUGGAGCUACAGAGGGGAAUUUGAAUGCCAAGAGGUCAGGAUUUUGAAAUGCUCAGCUUUUUUAUUUUUGUUUGUUUCCACGUUUCUUUCAAGCUUGGCUUUUGAUGUCACCCACAAAAACUCAAGAAAGGCUAGUUGUAGUAGGAUCCAGUGGGAAUUAGGCCAGAUCAGAUGGCAAAUUUACCUAUCCUGUGUCACAUCCCAUGUGAAAAAAGAGUAUGCUGAAGUAUGCCUUCCCUGAAGUAUACUUAUUUUUUUUCUUAAGAAUACCUGAAGUAUAAUUAAAGCUUAGUAUGCUGUUUUUUUCACACAGGAUUGAAUCGAAAACCAAGAACAGUUUGUACCAUUCCUGUUUGCUGUGCCUGAGAUUGAAUAAGCCCUGCCAGUCCUGGUGGAAUUAUAUUACAGCAUUAAAAAAAACAACUGCCAUUUGUGUCUAAACAAUAUUAGUGUCUCUCCUGCUUCACCACAGGCCAUGAUUCCCACAGCUACUGCUGCUUGCCCCACGGAGAAAUCCCUCUCGAUUUCUGGGACAAAUUCACCCUAGAGAUCCAAUUAAACUGGUCUUUUCCCUUAAUUUUAGCUACAGUAUGCAGUAGCUGUAUGCACUCUGCAAAAUUGCUUUUUGAACUUUGCAGAGAAGGCAGCUCAGUGUGUGAAGCCCUGAAGUGACCCUCCCUUUACAUGGUAAUGAAUGAGACUACGCCAUUUGGUGUUACUGUGUGAGUACCAAUACAUUUUCUGCACUUACCUGAAGUGUCAAUAUCUGUGAGACAGAUACUGAGAGACAAAGUCAUAGAUUUUUUUGUCAAGAUCGAUACUUUUCUAUCCGGAGGUUAUGAGGUGCAGGAAAAAAAACCCAUAAUUGAAGUUAUUGUUUUUCGACAUAUUUAUUAUUAUAUAUCGUUGAGGUUAAUGUGUCUCUUCCUUUGGGAUUUGAGCUUUAUUUGUUGGCGAUUGGAUUUCUGCAAGAUGGCAGUGAAGGUCAUGUUCAGAAAGCACAAUGCUUUUUCACAUUCUCCCCCACAAAACCCCCGCCUCAAAAUAUCAGACACAUUCAUCCCGUCGAGCGAUACUCAAACCAGAUUACACAACCAGGCUAUUCCUGUCUACAUUAUGUUAUGCAUCAUAAGACUGAAUGUAUUUCACUUUUCUAAUCUAAGCCACUUUGCUCAGUAUCAAGAUUGCAUAUACAUAAAUGAACCAAUUAAUACAUUUUUAUUACUCAUAAUGAAAUAGACUCUCUCUCCCUCUCUCUCUAUCUCUCUCUCUCUCUCUCUCUCCAGCAAGAAGUAUUCAGAAAUUGAGAAAAUUAGAGCUCAUUAAGUUUAUGGCCCUUACAGCUAAUGUACUGACAGAACAUUUAUCUGGAGUCAUUGCGUAGAAAAUCUAUAUUUUUUAAAAAUCUUAUUUUUACCAGAGGAGCGAUACAAGGACCCCUUGCUGUUCCACUGUUGACAAGAGACACUUGGAAAAACUGAAGUCACUGGUAACAUGAUACACAAAAUCUAAAACCUUUAGUUGGUGUUUCAUUGUUUGUAUCUACAGACAGGAGUUAUGUCUUCAAAAUCACUUCCUGGAUUUGCAAUGAUGUGAUUUUAAAAAAUGCCUUAAUUAUCAAUUAAGUCAAAGCAUAUUAAUGAGGAAUAAGGAGAACAGUAUUGGACAUUAAAAAAAAUAUUCAGAUGGAAUUUAAAGCAGAUCACUAUGAAGUGUGCUGGUCUCCCUUAAAGAUAACUGCACUGUUGUGUCAACAACCAGACAUUUCUUAUUACCAAAAUAAAAUGACUACAAAAACAAAAAAGUAAUAGAAACAGUGUUGUGCGCAAAGGGACGUGCUUAUUUCGGUCCAGACCGCUUUUGUGUGCGGGUUAGCGUAGCAUCGCACAGAAGAGGGUGGGGAGUACUUUCGGCUCGAUGUGUGCCCUUCUGACUACCAUGUCUCUCACAUUUUAGACUGUACUCGUUUAUUUAUCUAUAUGUUUCUUACCAAUCAUAAAUAAAUAAUGAUGUCAUAUCUAUGGCAGCAAUACGGAAAAGCUUACUGCUGUGUAGAUCUGUUUCCCUCUGUCAGAGCUGGAGACGUGCUGUAAAAUAACAUUGUACAAUAUGAAAUUUCUAUACCAUCUGAAGUUUUAAGCAAUAAGUGAAGUGAUAAAUCAACAAAGAAUAUACCACAUGUAUCCUUUGCUUUCAUUCCCUCCUGUUCCUUGAUGGUAGAUAAUAGGAAAUAAUGUGAAUGUGUGUGUAUGUUGGGGGCAAACCCUCUGAAAAGCAGUAAGCUCAUUUAUUUAGCUACGUAAUGCCUCCUGCUACAGUGUGCAACAUGGCAAAAAGGAAAGGUUUCUGUCAGCAGCAUGUAGCUACUAGCUACAUACUGCAUUCCAAUUCAGGUAGUGAACAGAAAAUGGACGUGCCAAUGUAAAGUCCAGUAAUAGGGUGUUGGGCCGCCAUGUGUGACUAGUACAGCCUACAUACGAUGUGGAUUAGAGUCUCCUAGCAUCUGGAAUUCUUCUGAAGGAAUACACACAGUUCUUCUACGAGAAAGUCAGUCAAGGAAUGCUUAAUUAAUGACAGUGUGUGACCAGGAUAUCUCAGGAUGAACCGUGAAUGCUGAUUGCAUUUGGCUCUGGUGGCUGAAAAGGCGGUGACGUGGAUAACAGUAGUGUCAUGCUCAUCGUACCAUUGGGCGACUACUCAUGUUCUGUAAAUGCUGGCAUUAUCAUUUUGAAAGAUGCCCCUCUGCAGGCAGGAAAUGCUGUACCGACUGGCGUCAAUUUUGCCUGUUAGGCUGUGAGGGCAACCAAGCCAGGAAAAUGAGCCCCACAACUUUACACAACCACCAAAACUUGUCACUGUUGGAAUGCUUUUGCGUUUCCCUUUUUUGUUCACUACCUGUACAUUAAACAUUUUAGUGUUCCGCACACAGCCCACUGUGGUUAUAGAGGAUCUGUAGAAAAAGAAAGCAAUCACUUUAACUAUGCUGCAUAUUUGCAAGGAUGUGUCUUUAAUGAUUAAAGCCUGCAUUUAAUCUGAUUACAUUUUUAUUAUCGCUUCAAGUAAAGCUAGUCUCAUAUUAUUUCUGUUGUUGAUAAGCAACAUAAUGAGUUUGUGAUGGCUGAACUUAAUUGAAAGUGUACAAAAAUACAGA